CACACUUCUUGUUCUUUAGUUAGAACUCCUUUUUCCUUAUUCUCUUUUUUUUUUGUUUUAAAUUAUCAAGUAGUCCAAGAUGGUCAACCCUAUCAAUGCUCGCGAGGCUUUUGAGCUCCACAAAACUGCUGUUACCCGAGACUUUAUCGCAAAACCACGAUUGGAUUACCGUACCGUUACUGGUGUCAAUGGUCCUCUUGUUAUUCUCGACAAUGUCAAGUUCCCCAAGUUCUCUGAAAUUGUCAACUUGACUCUUCCCGAUGGUUCCGUCCGUGCUGGUCAGGUUCUUGAAGUCCAGGGAAAGAAGGCCGUUGUUCAGGUCUUUGAGGGCACUUCAGGUAUCGAUGCCAAGCAGACACACGUUACCUUUACUGGUAACACCCUCAAGGUCCCUGUUUCUGAGGACAUGCUGGGUCGCGUUUUCAACGGUUCCGGAAAGCCUAUUGAUAAGGGUCCCAAGGUGUUUGCAGACGAUUAUCUGGAUGUAGAUGGUUCACCCAUCAAUCCCUCCUCCCGUAUCUACCCCGAGGAGAUGGUCCAGACCGGUAUCUCUGCCAUUGAUACCAUGAACUCCAUUGCCCGUGGUCAGAAGAUCCCUAUUUUCUCUGCUGCUGGUCUUCCUCACAACGAAAUUGCUGCCCAGAUCUGUCGUCAGGCUGGUCUUGUCAAGAAGUUGAUGCCUACCAAGGAUGUCCACGAUGGCCACGAAGAUAACUUCUCUAUCGUUUUCGGUGCUAUGGGUGUCAACAUGGAGACUGCUCGUUUCUUCAAGCAAGAUUUCGAGGAGAACGGUUCCAUGGAGCGUGUCACUCUCUUCUUGAACUUGGCCAACGAUCCUACUAUCGAACGUAUUAUUACUCCUCGUCUGGCUUUGACUACAGCAGAGUACUAUGCAUACCAGCUUGAGAAGCAUGUGUUGGUUAUCUUGACAGACAUGAGUUCUUAUGCAGAUGCCCUUCGUGAAGUUUCUGCUGCCCGUGAAGAAGUUCCCGGUCGUCGCGGUUAUCCAGGUUACAUGUACACCGAUUUGUCCACCAUCUACGAGCGUGCUGGUCGUGUUGAUGGCCGUAACGGUUCUAUCACUCAGAUCCCUAUUCUGACCAUGCCUAACGAUGAUAUCACCCAUCCUAUUCCCGAUUUGACAGGUUACAUUACUGAAGGUCAGAUCUAUAUUGAUCGUCAACUCUACAACCGUCAGGUCUACCCCCCUAUCAACGUCUUGCCUUCCUUGUCUCGUCUCAUGAAGUCUGCUAUUGGCGAAGGCAUGACAAGAAAGGAUCACGGUGAUGUUUCUAACCAGCUGUACGCCAAAUAUGCUAUUGGUCGUGACGCUGCUGCCAUGAAAGCCGUUGUUGGUGAGGAAGCAUUGAACCAGGAAGAUAAGCUUUCACUUGAGUUCUUGGAGAAGUUUGAAAAGACUUUCAUUUCCCAAGGUGCAUAUGAGUCAAGAACUAUCUAUGAUUCUCUUGAUCUCGCAUGGUCUCUUCUCCGUAUCUUCCCCAAGGAGCUCUUGAACCGUAUUCCUCAGAACAUCUUGGCUGAAUACUAUCCCCGUGACCGCAAGACCAAGCGAUCCAAGGGUGUCUUUGAUACCACCGAGGAAGCAGAGUAAAAGAAAGAAAUGAAAUGAAAUGAAAUGAAAAGAAAAGAAAAAGGAUAUAUAUAUAUAUAUUUUUACCAUCAAUACCACUUUCUUUAUAUAUAUAUAUAUAUAUAUAUAUAUAUAACAUAUAACAUAUAUAAAAAAGGAGAAAAAAAUAACCAGGACACACAUAAUAUAUACGAAAAGGAUAUAUGAAGAAAUCUGCUUUUCCAAAUUUAUUAUGAUUUGUUGUUAUGCUUUUUAUGGGUUUUCUUGUUUUCUUUCUUUCUUUCUUUCUUUCUUUUAUUAUUAUUAAAUAUAUUAUAUAUUAUGUAUAUAAAGAGGAUCAAGCAAGGAGGAAUUCCAUAUAUAUAAAU